AUGUACCUCGCCAGCUCCUUCGGCGAGUGCCUGUGUGACCAGUCUAGACAGACGGAGGAGAUGGAGCCAGUUUGGGCCCAGAGGUUGGAGGAGCAAGCGGUGGUCUUCCAGGGCGUGAUGCCAGAUCUCAGCGCAGACCACCUCAGUUUGAAGACUUCAGGUGGCACUGCAAAUGAGAGGAGUCGGCCGGCGUACGUGGAGUCUGACGGCACACUGCAGGAGGCGGGGAAUUAUACCGCAGGGGACAAUGCACACAAUGACAGGUUCGAGGCCGCGACUGAUCCAGGAGAUCACGGCCACACCGCGUGCAACGGCCAGCAGAAUGAGCAGCUGAAGCCUUGCGGGAACAUUUUCUCGUCCGCGCGUUCUGUCUACAAUCGGCUGAGGCGCCUCGGCAGUUCGUCAAUUUUGCGCGAACAGCGUGCGAAAAUAGCCCAAUCAGAGGUCCGCCGCAGUAGAUUUAAGCUUCAGUUCUCUCGUAUCAGAAAUCUCGCCAACCUGUCAUGUCUCGGCACGGGCAGCAUGCGACACGAGCGACCCCAGCGCUUUGUAUGA